AUGCCCGGUUUCGCGGACUCUUUCUGGACCCCCGACUAUGCUUCGGGUCUAGGGGUACUGUAUGGGAAGCUGCAACAGGGAGUUGUCGAGAACAAGCAGAUUCUGGUCAUUGCGUCUAUGCGUGCAGACGCAGAAGAGCAGUAUGGACUCCGCAUGGGAGACAUUGCCCCGAGCGUGGAUAGGGUGACUUCGGUGGGAUUCGGCAAGGAUGAUGGUGCCAGUGUUAGAAAGGCAUACGAAGGAAUCCGCACCGAGAUGGUCGAGGCCUCCAAAAACCACCAGAAGAUCGCCAACAAUAUCCGUGAAUUGGUCGUAUCCCCCUUCCGACGUUGGGGCGAGCAGCACGAGCUGCGUGUUCAGUAUUCGCAUGACCUCCUCCAGUCCCGCAUCAAGGAACACACCAAGCAAGCCGAGUUGGUAAGGAAGUUGCGCAGUACUUACUUCAACAAGUGUCGUGUCGUUGAGGACCUGGAAGAAGAGAACAAACUUGCUUUCCAAGACCCUGAAUCGAGCCCCAAGAUCAAAGCUCCCCCGAAGAUCGUUCUCCCCACAGAGGAAGAGCCCGAGGAAGACCCCAUCGAGUUGGGUGAGCGGAUAUUCCCGCCGGAUCACCUGAAGAAACUCCUCUCCCAUAUGCUUGAUAACAUCAAGCUUGGCGAGGCGAAGGUUCCCAUUAUCGGCACCUAUUUGAAUGUAUCCACCGGUGCCGAUAUUGCCCAAUAUAUCCAAACCUACAUGGAGGCCGAGAACCUCGCUCAGGUGGAGAUAAUUGGUCAGGAUAUGGUAAACAACGGUCUUCUUCGCUUGGUUGGAAAUAUGGGCAAUGUUUUUGCCAAUAGCUCCAAGAUGAACUACCAGUGGCGACCCAAGGUUUUCCAGCUCACUGGUAUCCCAGAAAAGAAGAAGCCUCUCAUGCGUGUCACCUCAGUGGCAUCAAGUGAGGACGGCACCGGCAAUGACUCGCCUAUUGCGUCUGUCUCUGAGAUGUUGUCUGGCUGGAAUCCUCUCAACAACCCUUACCCGAACGAGACACCUUCAGAGAAGCUCCGGAGGGAGGCUUUGGAAGCCGAUGAACGGUACAAGGUUGCCGUUCGUAAGCUUGACCAGAUCCGAUGCCGGCUGGAGGAAGAAGUCAUUGGCCAGCUGAAGUACAUGGAGCAGUGCGAGCUUGACCGCCUCAAGGCCAUCAAAGCCGUGGUUCUUGACUUCUCGGGCGCAAUUAGCAAUGUUAUCCCCAACCUUCAGAGCACAGUGGAUCAUAUGAUGCUAUAUCAGGAAACAAUUCAGCCCCUCGGCGACUUGAGAUAUCUGCUGGAGAACUACCGCACUGGUGGAUUCGUACCUAAGAUCCAAGCAUACGAGAACUACUAUGGUUCCGUUGAAGAACAAAACUUUGGUGUCGACCUUGAAGCUAGAGCCCGUGCCGACCGCAAACGGGUUCCGAUCCUGGUGACCACCAUUCUGACCUACCUAGACAACCGUAAGGAAUCCAUGGAAUAUGCUCAGAUUCAUGAACCAAAGCUCACAAAUCCUACAGGCUACCCUGAACUUGAAGGGGAUGAAACACGGCGAAUGAUCUGGCUGACUGAGGUUGAUUUAAGCACGACGCAUAAGCUUCGUCAAGUUUUGAACAACAGCAAGACUGAUUAUGCCGAGGCGUUGCCUCAGUUCGAAAUCCCAGUUAUUGCAAGCGUUCUAAGAUUGUACCUUCUUGAGUUGCCAGACUCAUUGGUUUCCUCACAAGUUUACGAAAUCGUCAAGACGAUUUAUUCCACCACCGCUCAUGAGACCACGGAAGAAGGUCGGAUCAAGGUUCUGCAAAGCACCCUUGGACAACUCCGCCUUGUCAAUAUCGCUACGCUUGAUGCCAUUAUGACUCACUUCACGCGCCUGAUUGAUUUGACCUCGGCCGACGAAGAAUACAUCACUUCGUUGGCACAGGCCUUUUCCCCUUGCAUUCUCCGCCCUCGCAUCGAGAGCAGCUUGACGAUGAACGAGCGCCACAGCUACCGUCUGAUCCGCGAUCUGUUUGCUCACAAGGACUCCAUCUUCGGCGAGCUGAAGCGCCAAUCGAGUGCCCUCGGAAUUACCAGCUCCAGCUCCAACCGUCCACGCGCCAUCAGCACGGACGAGAGUAACCGUCGUGCAGCGAUGGAGGCCCGCCAGCGAGCCAUUGUCAACCGCAGCCGGGCAACCAGUCCCGCCAAUCGCCAACGGCAUCGACGCGACCGCUCGAGCGGUGCUUCGGAGAUCGGCCGGUUCCCGAUCAAUGUCAACAGCCCUUCGGAUCGCAGAUCCGCCCGCGGUAGUCUAGAUGUACCACCCAGCAAGGCUCCACAGACCGGAUCUGAGGAUGCCCCUGUCGUGAACACCCAAGUUACUGAGCCUGUUACCAAUGGCACGUACACGGAGUCUCCUGCCUCGGCUGAUACCAGCACCAGUGGCCACUCGAGCUCCCCCAGUCCCCCUCCCGUUCUUGCCGAGACAGCCUCCGAUGACUCUCCAACUCCUACUCCUACUCCGGCUGUAGCAUCUGCCGAGUUCGAUAAGCGCAAUUCCAUGUCCCGCUCUUCUGGCGCUCGAUCCAGCCGCAAGCCAGGCCUUGGUAGCUUGUCCAGCUUCCCCACUGGCUCAGCUGUCGGAGCCAGUGGCACAGACAGCAACCGAAGCAGCAUCGCUGAAAGUGAACCCAACAGAGUCACUCUGGAGGACAAGCCCAUGGAUGACUAG